AUGCUGAGUGCCAGUCUUGUUCCUUCCCCCACAAUCGACCUUGGUCUUGCCAAAGGCAGGAGCGUUUCAACAAAGAUCGCCCAAGCUGCAGACCCAGCACAUCCCGAAGGAUCCAUCAUAAGUCCAGCGACCCGCGCCACUCUCAACUUCCAGUAUGCAUCCCUGAGAAACAUCAAUCACUGUCCAACUGGCAUGUACAUCACUCCUUCUGUGGAGAGCAUCCUGGUAUGGGACGCCGUUCUCUUUGAUUCUGUGCUGAAGUUCACCGUAUCGUUUCCCAAUGACUAUCCUGAACGACCCCCGACAGUGCGGUUCUUGACGGACAUUUUCCAUCCCCUUGUCGACCCCCGGACCGGAGCAUACAGUCUUGCACCUCGGUUCCGUCCAUGGAGACCCAAAGAGCAUCAGAUACAUCAUAUUCUACAUUUCAUCAAGAGCACGUUCAAGGAGCCUACUCUGGACAAGCUCCAUGAGGAAGAUGUCUUGAACAAAGAAGCUUUCAACUAUCGCGACAAUCGAACGUCUUUUGCGACGUUAGCAAAGCAAUCCGCAGAGCUAUCUCAAUCCCCCAGUGCUCUCUAUGAUACUUCAGGUUCAAAGAAGAACCACUCGUUACGGUUUACCCCUUUGAAACCAAACGAACUUGACGAAGUGCUCAGGGCCCUCUCUGUUCAUACAGAUUCAAAAUGA